AUGGAGUCAGUACAGCAAGUCGCCUCAGCCGUCGCAGAACAACUCAACCUCACCACCAAGCCUCCCGUCGAGCCGGAUGAGUGGCUCAAGGCGAGCGAAGUGGAAGAGAUCAAGGGGGAUGAGGAUGGCAAGGCGGAGCAGAUUGGCGAGUUGAUUCGCAAGAUGCAGAAUCACAACUUUGAUGAGCACCAGCACAAGUACCGAGGUACUCAUGUUAAAUCCCUCGGAUUGGUCAAGGGGACUCUUACGGUCAAAUCGGACCUCCCCUCCCACCUCCAGCACGGCCUCUUUGCCAAGCCCGGCGCAUCCUACCCCUUCAUCGGCCGCUAUGCCAACGAGCCCUCCUUCAUCAAACCAGACUUCGAGAAGGCACCCCGCGGUUUUGCCUUCAAGGUGUUUGGCGUUUCCGGCGCCCGACUCUCCGAGGACGGACUAGAAACGCAGGACUUCCUCAUGAACAAUGCGCCGAUGGUCGAGUUGACGGACAUCGACACGACGCUGGAGAUAAUACAGUUGAGGGAGAAGUACUUUGACUCUCCAAAGACGCUUCAGCUGGAGCUGGCAAAGAGGAGUGAUAGGAUGAAGCAGUUUGCUCCAGGCAUGCUGCCGAAUCACUACAUUAUCGGGGACGAGUUCUUCACUCAAUCGUCCUUCUCAUACGGUCCAUACGCCGCUCACUACUCUCUCACCCCCACAUCCCCUGACCAGCAAGAAUACCACAACAAGCUCAUCCCGUCGGACGCUUGUCCCACCUUCCACCGCACAUCCCUCCACGAAUACUACACUUCCCACUCCGCUACGUACACGUUCCGCGCCCAGUUCGCAUCCGACCUCACCAAGCACGCGGUCGAGGACGCGUCGACCGAGUGGGAUGUCAAGACUGCUCCUUGGCAUGACAUUGCCACGCUCGAUAUUCCGAAGCAGGAGACGUACAGCGAUGCGCGGAGACUGUGGUGGGAGGAGAAGAUUGCGCUGAGCCCUUGGAGCGGAUUGGCGGAUCACAGGCCAUUGGGGAGCAUCAAUCGCCUGAGGAAGAAGGUGUACGCGAUGAGCAGGGCACAUCGGGCAGAGGGGAAUGGGCAGGAGGUGCAGUUCCCAUCCAGCGCAGAGGAGAUGCCCGAAUAG